CGGCGCGCGACUCUCGUUCGCGAAACCCGUGUUCAUUUGUCAGUAGACGCUCGGAACCGCCGUGGUUCUAAGCUUUAGUUAACCACGCGGGCUGUGAUCGUGUCGAUUAGUCGAUAGGUAGUCUCUAUACUCGUGGAUCGUGUCGUGCAUAUCGGCGGCUCGGCGCAAGAGUGGCUGGUCGCAAAUCUGUGCUUGCAGUGCGCGGGUGUGUGUGUCGUGGUCGGCGCGGGGAUGAGAGCGUGCGAUGCUCUCGGUGAUUGCGAUGCGUCGGCCGGAGGACGAGGACCUCGGCCACGGCGACGGCGACGAGUUCGUGGACAUAUCGCAGAUGCAGCUGGUCGUGGAGGCGGGCCCGAGCGGGCUGCAGUACGCGGGUCCGGCACCGCCGCUCGCGCAGCCCGCGCCCCCCUCCGCCGACACCGCCUCUACCGCCUCUACCUCCGUCGACGACCUCUUCGCGCUCUACUUCACACCGGCCACACAGGGAUCGCUAGCGGGCGAUGAGCUGUCGCUAGGGUGUUCCCCGCGACGCCACAAGCACGAGGCGUCGUUGUCGCCGGGCGCACGUGCCGAGGACGCCAGCAACGCAUCUAGCGCUAGCGCCAGCGCCUCGCUGUAUGGCCCGCCGGCCGCCAAGCGCGCGCCCUCCCCACCGCUGCAGUGGUUGCUGCCGCCCGGCCCCGGCCCCGGCCUCGACAAGUAUUUCCAACAUGAAUACGAGGAGCGCGUCGACCUAUUGCCGCCUGAGUGCCAGCCCGCGUACUGUGCACCGCCGCAGGCCUGCGUGCCCCAGCACUGUGAGUAUCGCCCUCCGCCGCCGCACCACGCCCAGCAUCCGCCGCACCAGUCGCACCCGUCGCACCAGACGCACCCGGCACAGCAGCAUUGGGAAACGCAGGAGUACUCCGCGCCGCCGCAACCCGCGCCCGGCCCCUCCGGCGUGCCCAAGCGCGAGCCCUACCCCAGCCCGGCCGGCGACCGACCCGUGCAGCUCGCAGAGUACAACCCCUCCACGAGCAAGGGCCACGAGAUCCUCUCGCAGGUGUACCAGCAGAGCGCGCAGCCUCUGCGACUCGUCGCCGUCAAGCCGCGCAAGUACCCCAACCGGCCGAGCAAGACACCCGUGCACGAGCGGCCGUACGCCUGCCCAGUGGACGGCUGCGACCGCCGCUUCUCGCGCUCCGAUGAGCUCACGCGGCACAUUCGCAUCCACACGGGCCAGAAGCCGUUCCAAUGUCGUAUCUGCAUGCGCUCCUUCAGCCGCUCUGACCACCUCACGACGCACGUGCGCACACACACCGGUGAGAAGCCGUUCGCGUGCGACGUUUGUGGUCGCAAGUUUGCGCGCUCCGACGAGAAGAAGCGACACGCCAAGGUGCAUCUCAAGCAGCGGCUGAAGCGGGAGCGCGGCUCAGCGCCUCCGCACGAACCGCUCUAGCGCACGCGCUGUCCCGCGCCCGCGCCCCGCCGACACAUUCCACUCGCGCCGCGCCAUCUCCCAGCGGCCACGGCACACGUUGAAGUUAUCAAAUAAUUUCAUCGCUUAAGUGUAAGCACUGUCUUAAAUGAAGCUUUAUUAAGUCUACAUUUGUAAAUUCACUGAAAUUUAUAUGUAGGUUAUAUAACUUUUUAUACACAUUUGUAAUUAAUAUGUUGGAUAUGAUCGAUCCAAAGUAUUCUUUUAACUAACAUCAGAUUUUAUCGAUCUGGACCGGGAACAAGUGUAGACCGGAAGCGAUGCGGCCUAAAACUAUGUAUGUGAUGAAACGCAUCCGAGGUAUUGUAGAAUGGCUGCCGCGGAUCCUCUGCGCGACGUCCGCACAUAUAUCUAGAUAACGCGGCGCCGCGCCUGACGUAGAACAAAACCUCUUCGAUAAACUGAAUUGUUUAAAUUCUAUGUGAGUGCAUUAUUAUUAAUUACUCUUAGAGAGGUGACAUGAACUGUGCCUACACAUGAGUAGGAGAAAUGUGAGACGAGGCACACCGGCCGGGCGUGAACUUCGCCGCGUCAACCCCCGGUCGGUAAACUUUGUUUGACUUUGUUAAUUAUUUAAGUAUUGUAUUAUAUAUUUAUUAAUCUUAUAUACUUGAUUAAACUAACGUGAAAUUGUGCCAUUCGUUUAACUUUAUACUGCGUGCCACAGCAGUUUGAAUGAUACUAAAUGUAACACGACUGCUAUGUAAGUGAUAGGUGUAAUACCUUAUGUUAAUGUAACGCUACGUAUUUUGUUUUAUACUAUUUCUAGUCGAAGAUGUGAACGUGUGAAUGUCGACUAUUGUUUUUCUUCAUAUACUUUAUUUUAUUGUUUUUAUUUAACAUUUUAUAUUAAUAUUCGACAGUCACUGUCAAUCUUUACUCUUGCUCAAUUGAUUUGUUUUAACAAAAUUUGCUCAAAUCUCUCUUACACAAACAUUACUGCACUAACGCCUUUUUUAGUAUAAAGCCUUGUUCUCUCUUUUCUUUGUUUUAACAGAGUACUUGUCUUGUUUCCUACCUACCAGUGGUAUAUUUUGCUUGUAUCCUUGUGCGUGUAGACUAAUCUAGCAAAAUAAAAUAACGUGUAGGUAUAAAAUUAUGAUCUCUUAAUCUUUAUUAAUAAUUUGCAAUUAUCGCCCUCGGAGAUAUGGGCUUUUUAUUUAUAAUACUCAUAAGUACAUCUAGUUACUUAUAAGAUUAAUUUUGUAUUUAGUUUACUGUGAUUAAAUUACGACUCGUUGUCAUGCACCGUCGCUGUCCCCUCGAUGUGUUCACGUACAUCGAAUUGUAGCUAUAGCAUGUUCACGAUCAAAUCUGUCUACGAUUGUUUAUUAGUACAAAAUUAAGCACAAACAGCCUAACAUGUAUUCGUCAAAACGUGACUUGUAUUUUUAAUAUUUAUGAAAUCACCUACUGCCUUAGGUAGGUUAGGUGCAAUGUCUGUUGGAAUUUUAUAUUUAAUUAUUCGUUGCAUUGUUCUGUAACUCGUUCAAACUAUUUAUCAUGUGUAAUUUAAGAACAAAUAAGCGUUCCGCCAGAAAAAAGUGUUGUCUUUGUUUCGACAUUGAUAUAAAAACGACAGGGUGAUUACUUGAAUGGCGGUGGUCUUUACAAAUUUAGGACAUCUGACAAUAAUAUUUCUUACCCUUGUUCCGAUAGUUUCUGCUAUGAAAGUGCAAUUAUUAAUUUGCUGAAAUUAGCUAUCAAAUCUAAAAUUAUUAAACGUCAAAGCGCUCUGAAACCGAAGCCGGUAUGAUAUGAAACUGACAUGAAUUUGGUUAGUAUAGGCAAAUUUUUCGGCAGAAAAGCUCACUUCGCGAAAUCGAUACUAAUCUUAGCUGUCACUAAAUUCUGCUUUUAUAAGCUGUUUAUAUAUGUAUAUGUCUGUUUGCUUUAUGAUUAACUUUGGUUUCGGUUCGCUUUCACGACUGUACUAUAGACGUAAACGUUCAAACCACAUAUUGUUAUACUGCAACAGAAAUUUACAAAACAUCUUUCAUAUGUCUACAAAAAUUGCUUUGUUAUUGUUUACAGAUAUUGUAUAAUAGCUGCCUAAAUUAUUAUUUUACAAACUAUUUCAUAUUAAUUAGAGAUGCUAUAAAACUAUUAUACAUUCUAUAGAUAUAUUUCACGCCAUCCAUGAUGCCAGAGCUCGUCAAUUA